UAGGCAUACAUAUGUAGAGAGAGAUUCAGCAUUGUCACCUAAGUGCCUAAUUUUUAGUUGUGUUCCAUUUUUAUCUGUAGAUCUUUGUGCAUGAAAUCCUUUCUGGCGCGGGUCUCUUCAUACAGAAGUGUGCUCUGCUUGUGCCUCCCCGUCUUCCUCACUGAGAAGCUUUAUGUAGGUCAGGCUUGGCUUAAGCAGAUUUCCUGAACCUGCGUCAGCUUAAGCUGGUGGAAUUUUAAUAAACCCUCCCCUGUAGGCGUGGGCCUAAACGAGGCUAGCCUAGUUAAGCCUGAUCUUUUUUCUGCUUGUGAAAAGAGCUGAGCAGAGCUGAAGGCUGCCUGGUGGCUUCAGAAGUGCCUGCUUAAUUGGAAGAGAACAAUGGUAGGAAAGGCUAGAUCUUCCAAUUUUACCUUAGCUGAAAAGCUUGAUCUACUAAAGCUAGUGAAGCCAUAUGUGAAAAUCCUGGAAGAACACACUAAUAAACAUUCAGUAAUAGUGGAAAAGAACAGAUGUUGGGAUAUCAUAGCAGUUAACUAUAAUGCAACUGGAGUAGAUCGCCCUCCUCGAACAGCACAGGGCCUACGAACCCUUUACAAAAGGCUCAAAGAAUAUGCCAAACAGGAGCUUUUGCAGCAAAAAGAGGCCCAAUCAGACUUUAAAUGCAAUAUUUCUGAGCCAACCAAGAAAGUUAUGGAGAUGAUUCCCCAGAUUGCCAGUUUUUGCCUGGUAAGAGACAGGAACCACAUACAAAGUGCAAACUUGGAUGAGGAGGCACAGGCUGGUACCAGUUCUCUUCAGGUGAUGUUGGACCACCAUCCUGUUGCCAUUACAGUGGAGGUGAAGCAAGAAGAAGACAUUAAACCACCUCCUCCACUGAUUUUAAAUCCUCAGCAGAAUGAUACGUUAGAGCACAGAGAAGAGCAUGGCUUAGUCCAUGUCACGGAAAGGUCUUUGUCACCUUCGCUUUCCUCUGUUGACUUGAGAAUGACAUCAUCUACAUCUUCUAUCCCAAGGAGAGAUGGUUUUUUUCAGCAUGAGAGUGGAGAACAUUUUAGGUCACUACUAGGGUAUGACCCUCAGAUCCUGCAGAUUUUGAAAGAGGAACAUCAGAUAAUUUUAGAAAAUCAAAAAAACUUUGGAUUGUAUGUUCAGGAGAAGAGGGAUGGAUUGAAAAGAAGGCAGCAGCUGGAGGAAGAGUUACUAAAAGCAAAAAUUGAAGUGGAGAAGCUGAAAGCAGUUCGCUUACGGCAUGGUCUACCUGAAUAUAAUAGCCUCUAAGCUUUUUUUCGGGCUUGUGAUUUGAUAAUUUAAAUUUUGGCCAAAUUGCUUAAAUUCAGGAAUAUCCUGAUGCAGAACCAAUGGCCUUAGAAAAUGUGAUUGAUCUCCAUUAUGGAAAAAUUUUUGGUUUGAUUUUCUAAUUAUUUUCUGGUGAUAUAUUAAAACUUGCUGAUGGGCUGGCAUAGUUGUAUUUUGUCUUCUCCCAAUUUUUUUCCCUUGUAAAAUUAAUUGCUGACUUUAUAUAAAAGGUGCUUUAUUUCAGUUAUCAAACACAUGUGUAUAUUCUCCCCAAAUUCUCAGUCUUCAGCAUAUUUAAUUGAAACUUUGAAUGCUGUAAAGGCUUUUUAGGCUAAUUUAGAAGCCCCCCUCUCCUCAUAGCAAUGAGGCUGACCUGCCAUUGGCUCUUUGAUCUUUUGAAGUAGUAAGUCCAGAUAUUUUAGAGAUGGAAGAUGCUGGAAGACACUUUUGCUCACCCUUUAAUUUAGAAGUAAUGAAGCUGAGGUCCAGGGAGAGACCUCAGUGACCUACCUGCGGGACAAAGCUAUUUGCAGCAGAGCAAGGACCAGCAUUCAGGUUUUCUUUGUGUAAUUUACCCCCAUCUGCUAUUCUGCAGAAAUAAAAAUUCACUGAAAUAUUCCCUAGAAUUAAUAAUUAGAUGACUUUAUUUUAUAAAGUUGCCUUUAAAAGUUUGUAGGUUUUAAAACUGAGGGAAUUGCAUCAUCACUCCAUCUCUCUUCUCUUUCUGUCCAGAAAAGCACAGCAGUAUCUGCUGAGGCUAUUAUAUAUUUAAACUGCGUGAUUGAAGCUUGUAUCGUAACUCAUUUUAUAUGUGUUAUUCAGAAAAAUGUCACAGUAAAGGUCAAUUAAAAAUUAAAGUUUUACUUGGGAUGGAAAUCUUAAAAAUCAAGGUUAUAAUUUAUGAUAUAGUCCACAGUCUUAUGUUUUUUUGUAAAUAUUACUAUUUUAGUAUUUGUAGAAAGAAAUAAAGCCCUGAUCCUUAAAGCAGACUUGAUUACAUUUAUGCUAAAUCAUGGUGUUAUUUAAGAAUUUCUGUUUUUGCUGGGAUUUUAUUGGAAAAGGAUUUUAAACAGUUUUAGCAUGAAAUUAGUAGAAUUUUAGCAAUAUAGGGAAGGA